AUGGACGAGAACAAUCCGAGCGCUCCUGCACGCUACGUGGCACAACCUCCCGCCAUGCAGACCCAAGGCAGAGGACGUGAGGACCCCACCGUCAUUCAAGCGAACGACGUCCCAUCCUUCAACGUUUCAGCAACAUUACCGCCUCAACACUCGCAGACAUCAGGUCUUGUCGGAGUAGGCCUGCAGCAAGCACCCAGCCCUAGCGUCGAUACUCAUCAACAGAAUGACAGCGCAGCUGAGCCCGUCUCGUGGGAGCAACGACCGCUGAUCGGAGUACUGCCGGCCUCGGAGCCAUGGGAGCAGCCUUCGACCAACAACCUUCCAUCGCCCACGGCCAACGCCCGGGCCAGUCGUCUAUUUCGAGAGAGGCGAAAGGAGAGGGAGAGGGUGUUGCGAGAGACAGUGGCAGAGCUCGCCGACCGCAAUGCAGCUCUGGAAGCUUUGCUCCUCUAUCACGGUAUCGUUCCGCCGGGCCAUGCAACUUUGCGACACGAUCUCAGUAUUCAUAGGUCGCAGAGAAGGGGUGGUCCACCCAUUCAUAUUCCAGGCGUGACGACAAGCUUUCCGACAGGACGGCAGAGCUCGCCCGCAACGCAGCAGACUGGAAGAGCCGACUCAGCUUCUGGCUCGGGAUCCAGAGAUCACGAUUCCUCCUCGGUCUGCUCCACAGACUCCAGCGCAUGCUUCCGCAGGAUAGCGCCGGAUCUGCGCACCGCUCAACAGACGCCCUGCGAGCCGAUGCUGCAGGCGUCCGGGAUGGUGGUGCCCGAUCCCACUGCACAGAUGUUGCCGGGCGGACACAGCCAUUCGCACGGAAUGCAGUACCCAAACACAGGCAUCGGACAGCACCAGCAGCGAGCUAAUGAUCUCGCGACCCGCGACUCGAGUGAUCUCGCCAAUCUCGCGGCUUUAAAUCGCCUGUCAGCACCUGGCACGAUUGCCACUACCUCGGAUGCUAAUGCUGCUGGUGGUGCAUCGACAGCAGCAGUCGAAGCAGCAUCGGCGGCUGCACUGGUUACCCAACGGCAGCGCAGACAGGCUGCUGCGGAUGCCUUCGACGCGCCGACACGGCGACCUAUGGGCAGGGCCCACCUGCGGGCUCGAUCUCCCUCUGAAUCGAUCCUAUCAGAUCGGCGCGUACCCUCGGCGUUACCGGAGCCAAUGCCGACAGGGACCGCCGGGCUCUUUCCAUAUCAGUUGCCAUUUGGAUUCGGACGGCAGGGUAUGGGGGUUUCAGCCCCCGGUGCCGGUGUCGCGGUUCCGUCUGCCGGCUCGAACCAGUUGUCGGUGCUAGGGACAUGGCUGCCACACUCCAACGAGGAGGUGGCGGGUCACAGCAACCGGCUUCUGCCUUUGGAAACAGCGAGAGCCAUCACACAGUCGCCAACGCCGCUGGCUGUGCCGAUCGCGGUGCAAACCGGACUAGGCUCGCCGACAGCUCCCUCCACUGCGCGGCAGUCUAUGUCGCUGCCUAGUCGACUACCCGUAUCGACGGUUGGAGGUUCGAAUUGGCCGUCUGCUUCGACAGUGCAUGGCUUUGGAGGUGCAUUCCCGUCCGCCAGUUGGACACCUGGAUCUGCGCAGUAUCCUUGGCUUGGGCAGCAGGGUUCGUUCGCGCAGGCACUCGCUCUUAUGCCAAUGUCGGAUUCUAGUCAAGGCAGCGGAAGCUCAGCGAGUCAAUCCAGCACACGCGAGUCGCGCAUGUCGGCAGGUGAAAGCAUCCCAGAAGAGGCAGGAGCCGAUCGCAGGUGGACUUCGGUCCCCAUGAUCUCGGACGAUGCUUCGAUGCCUCCCGCUCGACAAGGACAGCCGCGGUCGACGCUGUCCAGAGCCCCGAUCGUCUCCAUCCACAACAUCGAAAGGCGGACUGCCUUAGCUCAGGAUCGAACGUCCGUCGAGCUUGUUUCCACUCUUGGCCUGUCCACGCACACCCACUUCAAACCUACUUCUGCGGGUCCCAGCCGAGUGAAGAUGGCCAAAGUCUCGCAACCGGAAAUCAAGCGCUUCCUAGACGAGCGCAUCGCCGUCAAGAUCCAGGGCGGCCGCAAGGUGCCGGAGCUCAAGUGUCCGGUUCCCGGCGCGCAAGUCGUCGGACUUGCUGAGGAUCUUUGGUCUAAGUCGCAGAUCCACAUCGCGGCGCAGAUGCUGCUCGACCACGAUCCCUUCGAGGCCAGAUUGGGUGUGCACGAGUCGAGCAAGCCUCCUAGCCAGCAGUGUCGAGCAUCGAACAGGUGCCGCGCUGUGGCCGUGAGCGGAUUUAGCGGACACGAUCAGUGGCUCAACUUUCCUGCCUCGUGGUCAGCAGACGCGCGGAUGAAACUUCCAGCUAACAGCGUCCGUCGGCAUCGGACUGAUGCAGCCCAGCAACCUUUGCGGUCCAUCCCAGCGGUCAGGCUCGGCGGAGACAAGCAGUGGCUCAGCUUUCGUGCAGCGUGGUCAGAAGUAGCACAGAUGAAGCUCUUAGCAAUCAGUGUCGGGCAUCACAUUUGUGCCGCGCUGCGACCUUCUCAGCCCAUCCCAGCAGGCAGACCUGGCGGAGACAAGCAGUGUAUGUGCUUUUCGGCAGCGUGGUCAGCAGAAGCACGGACUUAA